AUGGCUCUCGAUUUUGGUUUUGGUUUUAUUGCCGGUGUCACUGGAACAGUGGCUGGUUAUCCAUUUGACACCGUUAAAGUUCGUUUACAAACACAAACAUUAAACCAAAGAAUGUAUUCGGGAUCUUUGGACUGUUUUAUUAAAAUUUUUAAACAAGAAUCAAUAUUAGGUUUUUACAAGGGUAUGACUUCGCCGAUGUUUGGAGUAGCAGUUAUUAACGGUAUUGUAUUUAGCGUGCAAAAUGCAUCGAAAAAUCUUUUUCAGAAUCCAGAUACUUAUCAUGCUCUGAUGUGCACGGGUGCUAUAGCUGGAGGCGUACAAGCUAUCAUUUGUUCACCAAUUGAAUUGGUGAAAACACGUUUACAAAUGCAAGGUAUUGGUCAACAACGACAAUUAUUUUUAUUAUCCCGAGAUUUAUAUAAGGGACCCAUUGAUUGUUUGAAAAAAGUUUAUUCACGACGAGGAAUGAGAGCCGGUGUGAUGCGUGGUUUAUCACUGACAUUUGCACGAGAUGUUCCAUCGUUUGCUGCCUAUUUUCCAGCAUGGGAAUUUUUUGUUCGAACAUUUUCACCAACAUCAAAAGAAGCAGAUAUGCCUAUGUAUCUGAGUUUACUAGGUGGUGCAUUUACCGGCAUGUGUGCAUGGACAGUGAGUUAUCCGUGCGAUGUUAUUAAAUCACGAUUUCAAGCAAGUCGUGAUCAUGUUUACAGAAAUGUUUGGGACUGUAUUGUUAAAAGUAUACGAACAGAAGGUUGGACAGUUCUCACACGGGGUUUUCUUCCAUGUGCAUUAAGAGCAAUACCAACAAACGCCUUUACGUAUCCUGUCUAUGCAUUACUUAAAAGAACGUUCGAUGGUGGAUCAUCCGUUUCAACAUUCGAUAACGAAAUCUCCCCGCCGCCGAAGCUUCCGCCACCACGGAAGACUAUUUCAACAACACCCGCGACUAAUCUCGUACCAAAGUCGAUUCAGUGA